AUGAACGGUACGUUUAACGAGCAGCUCGGUAGCGUAGCCGGAUUGUUCGAUCAAUGGGGCGCGUGCGAGCAGACUGUGUUGGCCUGCACGCUGGCACGGCGAGUCCCGUGGCCAGGCCUGAAACUGGUGCAGCGAGCAGUUGAGGCGGCGCUGCGGAGCCACGUCGAGGACGAGAGGCUCGAGCGCGAUGCCAACGACGAGGUGCACCUGGCUAAUCUUCUCACAGUGAGCGGCGACGACGAUGACGGUUGUGAACGCCUGCAUCGCCUACUUGGGUUACUGCCACUGCUCAGGAUGGACAAUGAGCGCUGUAAAGACCUGUACGUAACAGCUACACCAGCUCUAGUGCAGCGUUGUAUGGAUGCUCCACGCCGUAGUCCUGUUGUGCCCGAUCAAUGCCGACAGCUGCUGUCAUACCUACUAGUUCAUCCUGCACUUACACAUCAUGAUGAAGGGAUAUUAAAACAAUGGUUAAGAUAUUUAGAAAACCACAUUGCUGGCAAUAGACCAGAAAGUGUUUGGCAACAGAGAAUAGAACCAUGCCUAAUACCAGAUUCUAACAUUUGGAGUACAACAAACAGUUGUUUUAGACGAACCAUUGGUAAAAACGUCGAAUUUAGAGGCAUCUCAGGCUUGGAUGGUGUAGAACACUAUAACCCAGACCUACUGCAAGAGUCAUUCUCUAAAAACGGCCGUGAUGUAGAUAUAAGUAUAGAAGGAGAAAAAUUAAAUUUUGAUGCAACAAUAUCCCAACCAAAGUCGCAACGAUCUAAUAGUUUGACACCUCCUUCAAGUAAUUUUAUUCACAUGUCUUCAUCUGCCGAGAAUUUAAGUGAUGCUCCUUUUGUUCAAAAACCUAGAAGCUUUUCUCUGUCCAGUGAGCACAGUUUGAGUCAGAUAAGGCCUAUUAGUAUAAUGUAUGGGACAACAGGCAGUGAAACAAGGCUGGAUGACCUGAGAUCACAUAAUUUUGGUGAACAUCCGGGGAUGUCGAAUGUUGCACAGUGGCUGAAAAGUCUGCGACUGCAUAAAUAUGUAUGGCUGUUUACUAAUAUGAGUUAUGAACAGAUGAUGGCUAUGGAUGAAAAGUAUUUAGAGAAGUUAGGAGUGACGAAGGGCGCGCGGCACAAGUUAUUGCUGUCGAUCAAGAAGCUGUCGGAGCGCGGCGCGGUGCUGGCGGCCGUGGAGGCCGAGCUGCGCGGCGGGGCGCCGGCGGCGCGCGCGCUGGAGCGCCUGCGCGGCGUGCUGCUGAGCCCCAUGCCGGCCGCCUGCGACCUGCCCGCCGCCAUCGUGCGCGCGCUGCAUCUAGCAUCCAAAUGUCUGAAUAAGGCGACGUGUCAACCCGCCGUGCGUGUGCCGUCGCAGCUGGUGACGGAGGAUGGCGACCACGAGCCCCCCGUGGACCCGAUGUCGUUACACUGUUGGCUUGUUGAGAAGGCGUUACACCACGAAGCUUUCAAUCGACCAGAACUGCAGGAAGCACUGAAGGGGCUGCGACACCGCCUACCACCGCGUCAAUUCUUCCACCACGUGUCUGAUAUGCCUCUCAACCGAAGAUGUCCCAAGCCCAGGUGGCGCAUCGGGACGCAUGCGGGACACCCGAAGGCAGCGCGGCCGCGCGCGUGGGCGGGCGCGGGCGCGGGCGCGGGCGGGGCCGGGGGCGCGGGCCCGCGCGCGGCGGCGGCGGCGGCGGACCACUACUCGAGCCUGGACGCGCUGUGCCUGCAGAUGACGGAGCAGGCCAUCAACUGA